ACCAAAAUUGAACACCGUGGGUGCCCAGAAGGAAGAUUCUCGCCGGAGAUUUCAAUUGUAUUACGAUUCCAACUUUUCUAUUGCAAAGGUUCAAUUUUUAUCUUUUUCGCAGGCGCCGGUGAUUUCCGGAAUAACGAUUUAGGGUUUUAGGAUGAUCGUGUUCAAUCCUUGAUGAAUCAAUCUACGUCAAAGAGAAAUCUGGGUUAUUAGAAAAGUGGAAAAUUGUGUUCUUAGUGAAGGUAAUAUGGGUGAUCAAAGUAUAUCUAAUAAGCCUCUGGAUGAGAAGGUUUCAAUGGAUUUGACUUGUGGUCAGGAGGCGAUUUUGGAAGAGCUUAGGAUUUGUUUACCCAAAUGGGUUACACAAGAACAAGUCACAGAUAUGAUUAGAGGGACAUGUAGGAAUAUAGUCGAAAUUGUUGAUAAUUUUUACGAGCACGAGACUAAAUUCUAUGAGCAAGUUUCUGCUGUUAUAUCUUUCACUUCUAGAGAUGGAAUUAGUUCGAGUAACCACGAUGCAUUUGUUUCGAAACUGGAGUUUAUUCACUGUGAAACAGAGCGGAGUGAAAGUUGUCAGCCAUCGCAGUUUCACAAGCUUAAGAGCAUGAGUAGUUCACAGAAGAGCAGUAUUUCUCCUGUGAAGAGGAACAGAAAGAUUAAAGGUAAACCAAAGAAGAAAGGAAAAGCUUCUUCUAAGGUAGAAUCUGGAGGCCCAAAGCAAGCUUCAAUAACUAAAUUCUUCAACAAAGUUUCUUCAGAAGGAACCAAGUCUUAGGAGGCUAAAUAAGCGUAUUUUGGAAGUAAUAUGGUGACCUGUUUCUGCCAAAUGCUAAUAGAGGGAUGAACUGUUGCCUGAUGUCAACAGAUACUACCUCAUUGAUACUGCAGAAGCGAGAAUGUUGGAAGAUUGGAUUUCUCUUACUCAUAUUCAGAAUGGUAAGCAAACUAUGAAUCCUGGAGUUACAAUUGACUCAUCUUCACAGCAACUAUGACCGAAAGAUCUCGCGCUGGCACGUUUUUGCAAUGUAAGUUCAAUGUUUUGUCUACGAUGGCCUCAUUGAGAAAGCUGUAAUCAUUUAGUUGCAGAAUUAUAUCAGUUUUUGAGUCAGUGUUGAUUUCAAAGAGCAUUGCAUUUAUGUUUGAAUGUUAUCUGGUUCAACUUUCAUUUCCUGAUAUGAUUCUGGUAUUGAGUCUGCUGCUUAACUAAAUCCAGUGUUGUAUUUACGAGCUUGUAUUCCAAAACUCAUUAGCAUUGAAAACGGAAGAAAGAACAGACGUAUUUGUCUU